GGGAAUUCUUGUCUCACAAAAAAAAACAUAAAACAAUUCAACCCCUCUUUGGAGAAAUAAUCUCAUGGUUUUUUUAUUGAUAUCUUUUUUUUCUUUCUUAAAAAGGAGCCAGAUUUUAAUUGUCCCGUGUCUCCUCCUCCAGCCUAGAUCAAUCGUGUGAAGCGGUCGCAGCCAUGCCCGUCCAUAAAAUCAGCGUAUCUGGGGAUGCGCGAGUUGAGUAUGGCUCUGCAUUCGUGAACGGGAAAACAUACGGCUACUUGUCCAGCGAACCGCGAACUGGGAAACUCCGAGGCACGGUAUUUCUACUCCAUGGAUUUCCCGAUCUGUCAAUGGGAUGGCGAUACCAGAUCCCUCUAUUCGUGAACAAGGGGUUCCGAGUCAUUGCGCCAGACUGUCUAGGAUACGGAAGAACCGAUGCACCGGACGACCUCGCCGCGUAUUCCAACAAAAACUGCGCCGACGACAUCAAGGAACUCGCUUCGCAACUGGGCGUAUCCAAGAUCAUCCUGGGCGGACACGACUGGGGCGCAUUUCUCGCCUACCGAGUCGCCCUGUGGCACCCGGAUCUCGUCGCCUACCUGUUCACAGUUUGUGUGCCGUACAAGGCCCCAGCGAGGAAAUACUUCUCGAUGGAGGAUAUAGUCGCGCAGGGGGCCUCGCAUUUUGCUUACCAGGUGCAGUUUAUCAACGGGGAUUUGGAGAAAGUGAUCCGUACAAGGGAAGAGCAGAAGCAGUUCCUGAAUGCGCUGUACGGCGGACGAACGGACAAGCAGGAGUUCGCGUUUGAUGUGAAUUCGGGAGUGGAUUUGCAGAGGUUGCCUCAAGUGAAGGCGUCUCGGCUGCUGAGUGAGGAGGAAAUGGAAUAUUACUCGUGGGAAUUCACCAGACAUGGUCUUCGGGGCCCUUUGAAUUGGUACAAAACCAGAGAAAUCAACUUUGAGGAUGAGCUCGGUCUCCCAACAGACCUUAUCAAUGUCCCUGUUCUGUUCAUCCAGGCGCUUCGUGACGAGGCCCUCCCGCCGCAUUUAGGAAAGGGCAUGGAAAAGUCUCUUCCCCUGUUGACGACUAGGCAGGUGAAUACCUCGCAUUGGGCGCUUUGGGAGAAGCCAGAGGAGGUUAAUGAGAUUUUGUCUGGGUGGGUGGAUGAGGUUGUUAAUGAUUCGCGCUUAGGUAAAUUGUAAUCUUCUUUUCUACGUCGAAUAAUCCUCCUUUGGUUUGGCUGCUCAAGGCAUCGAGUAUAUUUUGAAUAUCAUCUUGUACAUAUGUGUGGUUUGUGAUUAG